UGGAGCUGUGCAGUUGGGGAUGACCAGCAGCCCAUUGAAAGUCACCGAGGUCAUCUCAUUCAGAUGCUGUUCCUGCACCUAUGUCACCAGAGAUCAGCGUGGAAUCGUGAGCCACCUGGUGGCCCAUGGCAAUGAGCAAUUCAACAGCCAGCGUUCUCCCGUGUCCCCUGAAUCUAGAUCCAAAGUGCCAAGCAACACCCAAAAGCACAAGAGUGAUAAGUUUUUCAAGUGCAAACUGUGUCCUGAAGCCUUUGCUUGUAAUUCAGAUCUGAGAGGCCAUAACCAAACACACACAGGUGAGAAGCCAUUUAAGUGCAAGCUUUGCCCCCAAGCCUUUGCUUGGAAUGCACAUCUGAAAGUUCAUAAUCAAACGGACACUGGUAAAAAGCCAUUUAAAUGCAAGCUUUGCCCAAAAUCAUUUACUGUGCAUUCAUCUCUGAUAAGGCAUAAUGCAAUACACACUGGUAAGAAGCCAUUUAAAUGCAGGCUUUGCCCAAAAGCCUUCGCUUGGAAUGCAGAUCUGAAAAUGCAUAACCAAACACACACUCGUGAAAAGCCAUUUAAGUGCAAGCUUUGCCCAAAAUCAUAUGCUCUGAAUUCUUCUCUGUCAAGACAUAAGUCAAGACACACUGGUGAAAAGCCAUUUAAGUGCAGGCUUUGCCCAAAAGCCUUUGAUGAGAAUGCAGACCUGAAAGUCCAUAAUCAAACACAUACUGAUGAGAAGUCAUUUAGGUGCAAGUUUUGCCCAAAAGCCUUUGUCUGUAAUUCAGUUCUGAGAGUACAUACCCGAACACACACUGGUGAAAAGCCAUAUAGGUGCAAGCUUUGCCAAAUAGCCUUUGCUCGGAAUCCAGAUCUGAGAAGGCAUAACCAAAUACACACUGGUGAAAAGCCAUUUAAGUGCAAGCUUUGCCCCCAAGCCUUUUCUCUGAAUUCCUAUCUGACCUCCCAUAGUCGAACACACAGUGGAAAACAAUUCAAGUGCAAGCACUGCUUUAAAACCUUUUUUCAUAAUUCCAGUCGGAACCGCCAUUAUCAGACACAUUGUUCAAAAACCUUACAGAUGCGCACGUGCCGAGUGCUUUGCGGUUAACCUAUAAGUUGAGCGUGCUAUGCUUUGUAAGGUGUGUUAUAAUUUCACUCAUGCACACUUGUAUGCCAUUUUCAUUUAAAUGUACAUAUACCCGAGUGCAAGAUAAAUCUCAAGGCAUUGCUCAAAUUAAUGGUUAAGGUCGCCACACUGAGGCGCCUGUGCGUGAGAAGCCUUACAUAGGCCAACUCCACCCGACGCCACUUUCUAAACGGUGUUCCCUAAUCAGGCGCAUGCCAACAGAUGAUGUUUUAAAAGCCAAAUGGCAUUUUCAUAAAAACACUGGCAGCAACUAGCCCUUUCAAAUGCCAGCAAUAUCUGAGAAGGUUUAGUUUUGAAUUCCGGUGUGGCGGUUCACAAAGAUUGUUCACACAGAACUAGACUGUCUGGCGUGAUGAAAUAUGAUGGAAAUAAUCCCUGGAGAAGGGGAACAAGAGGAACAAAGAACGAACACAAAUUUCCAUCAUUCUUGUCCAGCUCGCUUGCACCUUUGCAUUUAAUUGCAUUAUUGUAAUAACUGUCUGGCGUAUUGCUGCCAAGUCUUUCUUCAAAAUGCCACGGUUUGUCAUCACACAAAUGUAUUGGGGAGUAGGGAAUGAUUCCUUGCCAGCUGCAAUCUAGAGGCUGGGCAGUGUAAUGGGUAACUUUGCUUAACGUGUUUUAGAGCAGUAUACUCUUAUGUUCUGCGUUUGAAUGCACAGUGGGUCAUGCUUUAGCUUUUGUUCCAAGUUCCUUUGCACUCUCGAGGUGUACUGCUUUGAGGUGAGUUCCAUUAUGUUCGUGCAAAUGUCUUUAUUGUUGUUUGAUAGAGCUCCUGUUUAUCUGAAAGAAACAAACCUGCAGAAAGUAAACUCCAUAAGAAAGAAAUUGAAAUUCAGUUUUGCUGCAAAAAUAAAGAAAACUUAAACUUGAGGAAGAAAACGAGAAGGGACGGACAGAUACAAACUUCCAACUGGCAACAACAUUUAUUGACACCAAGAGUUUGCUUAUAUACACGAAAAGGAAGGGGGUGAAAAAAAAAGGGUGGAAAGGAAGAGCACUAUGCCGUCAAGGGUACGUCGCUGUCGGAA